AUGUCAAAACAUGCGGACAGUUUUUUGAGCCACUGUAAAUGGCGUUUCUGUGAGAACACGACAGGCAACUUGGCCAAUGAUCAGUCGCCGGGAGAAUCUUCUCGUGUUGCAGCCAUUGCUGCAACUGCAGAGGAUGGUAUAGAUGCCCUCAAUGAUCCUCAACAGACAUGCAGUGGAGCUCGUGAGCACAGAGGACUGCGACAAAUUGCUGCGCACCUCAUUCAAGUUGUCGAAGAUGACGAGGCAUUCACAACAUCCGAGAUGAUGGAGGCCGCUGCUAAUCCUUCCGAUUUUCAGCGCAUUCCCAUCAAAGAUCUCUUCAAUUUUUCUCGUGCUCAAGCCCAGUGA